AUGUAUACUGUCUCAAAAGGACCCAGUAAGAUAGUGGCAAAAACUCGAAGAGGUCUGACCCAAAAUUUAGAACGAUUAGACAGCCGUAAAGAUCAUAACAGAAAAUCUUCAGACUCGGACAAUGGAGAAGUUCUUAACAUGCCUAAACCAGUAUUCCAUUCCAAUGGCAAAAAGACAAUCCAUCAAAGAAUACAGCACCAUGUUAUUACACCGCAGCACGAAGAAAUCAUUAGAUAUAUAAGCGAAACUUGGACACAAACAGCAAAUGGAGACAGUGAACCAUCAACACCCACUAGUCCAAUUGGGUCAGGUAAUUCUUCACCAGCCCCACCAACAAAUCUUUAUUACCAUGAUGAUGCACCAAGCCCAGUUCUGCAUGACUUCAAGCCAUUCGAUCUUGAGACAUGGUGGGGCAAAAGACUUUUCCAGAACAUUACCAACUCCCUU